UGACACUGUGACAGACAGAGACAGGUGGGGGUGAAAAUGAAGCCCCUGGAGAGCAGAGCGCUGACUUGAGCCGCACAGCUGUUUAAAUCCGUCAGGCUGAUGUGUGAGCCCCUGUGAUCAGAGACAGAGGCCAACAAAGGAGCCACACGAACAUGCUGGUCAGUCGAGUGGAACACGCGGGUUGAGCCACACGGGACAGAGAAAAAGAAAAAGCUGCUGUUAACUGGAACAUCUCAAUGGAUGUGAAACAGGAGACCUUUGAUGUGGACAGAAAUAUCAUGGAGAAAACUGUAACUAUUAAGGAGGAGGACUGUGAGUGGGAGUCCAUCUACCUUAAACAGGAAAGUCUGAGCAUCAAGGAGGAGGACAGUGAACUGCAGCCAAUGGGCAUUAAAGAAGAACCUGAAGAGAAGUCUGUCAGUAUUAAAACACAUAACCAUACAAAUAUGGACAGUGUAAAAGAAGACAACCUUCAUGAUGGGUUUCAAGAUGUAAUGGUGACCAGGUUAGACUCUUCUCAUAGCAGACACUUUUCAUCUUCAGAGCCUUCCAUCAAUGUGAAGUCUGAAUCAUUAGAGUCUGAACCAAAGAGGGCUGAGGAAACUACAUCUGUUAGAGCUCAGAAAAAUAAGCAACCACCUUCAAAGAAGUCUGGAAAAAGAAAAAAAGAUCACUGCAGUGUGGAAUGUGGCAGAGAAUUCUCUAACAGGAGUGCUCUUCAGAAACACACGAGAGUUCACACGGGAGAGAAGAUAUAUUGCUGUAAUGAAUGUGGCAAACAGUUUUCACAAAUGAGUAGUCUUCAGAAACACAUGAGAGUUCACACAGGAGAGAAGCCAUAUUGCUGUAAUGAAUGUGGUAAACCGUUUUCACAAAUAGGCAGUCUUCACAAGCACACUAGAGUUCACACUGGAGAGAAGCCAUAUUGCUGUACUGAAUGUGGUAAACAGUUUUCACGGAGAGUCAGUCUUCAGAAACACACAAGAGUUCACACUGGAGAGAAGCCAUAUUGCUGUAAUGAAUGUGGAAAACAGUUUUCAGAGAUAGGCAAUCUUCAGAUACACACGAGAGUUCACACAGGAGAGAAGCCAUAUUGCUGUAAUGAAUGUGGUAAACAGUUUUCACAAAUGGACAGUCUUCAGAGACACACAAGAGUUCACAACAGAAUAAAAACAGUAGCAGUUAAAAAAUCAGUCCAGACAAACAAGAACCCUUCAGGGCUCAAGAGUGAGGUUCAGUCCUGUCCUGAAAAGUAAUCAAACUAAACUAUUAUUGAGAAAUAAAUCUCAAAGAGAAGCCAUAUGGCUGUUUGGAUUAUGGCAAACAAAUCUGUCAGAGCAGUACACUUCAGAGAUGCACCAGAAUUCCCACAGGACAGAAGUACAACUGAGCUGUCCUGACUAAAGAGUGAGGUUCACUCCUGACCGGACAGUAAGCACAUGUAACUGACAAAAAUCCAUCCUACUUAGUGUUGUGUCAAAAACAAAUCAACAUGGAGGAGACAUAGCAGUUUAUAUCUUUUUUCCUUUCCCAGAAACAAAAUAAAGAACAGGGCAUCAUACAAACGGCUUCUCACCAAAGCCCCUACAGCCUCCACCAUGUGCCUAGCUCUGUUUUCAUAACAUACGUAUUACAUAUAGAACUAUUUACAAUAUAUUUUAUACAAAUUUCAUUAGAAAAAAAAAAAAAAAC